AUGGGAGUUCCAAAGUUUUUCCGAUGGAUAAGUGCUCGCUACCCGUGCAUUAAUUCCGUUGUACACUCUGGCGAAGUACCAGAAAUCGACCAUUUUUACGUGGACAUGAAUGGUAUACUGCAUACCUGUUCGCAUCCUGAUGGUGAAUUAAGCUGCAUGUCAGAGGACACAAUUUUCCUUAAUAUCAAAAAUUACGUCCAGUUUCUCGUGCAGUUGAUAAGGCCACGCAAAACGCUGUUUUUGGCCGUUGACGGUGUGGCUCCUAGGGCGAAAAUGACACAGCAAAGAGCGAGACGUUUUCAGUCUGCCAAAGAGGCUCGUGACGCCAAGUCCUCUGCUGAGAAACGGGGUUGUGCCAUCGAUAGGGAACCCUUCGAUCCUUGUGUGAUCUCACCAGGCACCGAGUUCAUGGAUCGACUACACACCUUUUUAUCCACAUUUGUGAGAGAACAAGUGACAAACAAUGAAUUAUGGAGGAGUAUCGAUGUAUUUUUCUCCGGCCAUGAUUGUCCCGGGGAGGGUGAGCACAAGAUCCGCGAGUACAUGUCAUAUAAGCGAGGACUACCGGACUACCGGCCAAACGAACGCCAUUGCAUUUACGGUAUGGAUGCCGAUCUGGUCUUUUUGGGUCUCACCACGCAUGAGACGAAUAUGUGCAUUUUACGUGAGAACGUUGUGAAAGCCAGCACUUGCAACGCAUCCCAAAUGCCUUUCUGCAUCACUUAUCUCUCUGUGCUGCGCGAAUAUAUUGACUGCGAGUUCAAGGACUUGAAGGAAAGUAUAAACUUUGAAUACGAUUUGGAGCGUAUCAUCGACGAUUGGAUUUUCAUGGCUUUCUUGCUGGGAAAUGAUUUCAUUCCGCACAUCCCCAAUCUCCACAUACACGCAGAAUCUCUUCUAGUUCUUUGGGACACCUACCACGUCGUGCUUCCUCAACUCGAUGGGUACUUAAUCGAGUUUGGUCGUUUGAACCUUCAACGAUUUCAUUUGUACUUGGAAGAACUUUCAAAGUUUGAACAAAGUUGGUUCGAGGAACGCGAAGCUGACCAUCGAUGGAUGCGCGGAAAGCAGGGUGCUCUGCUUGGUCGAGAGUUGGACAAGUUGGCCAGUGGUUCCCUUCUAACUGCUAAGGAAUCCACCUUCCAAAUCAACCAGACUCUCACCAAUACUGAGACUUACGCAGAUCCGGCGUCCUUGAGGCAGAUCGAAAACGGUCCAGCUGAUUUGGCGUCAUUGGCAUCUUUUUUCACCCCGGAUGCAAAUUUGUUUGAGGGGGAAAUUUACGACGAAACAGCGGAACUGCUUGCUGAAGGCGUGAUCUCACUAGUUGACGGAGCGCCUCAAAGCAUUCCUCCAGUUGUUUGUUCCAGUGAUGAAGUAACUGACGAUGACACUGACUCGGACCUGGAUGAUGAAGAUGUUCUUGUCUACCGAAUGUAUCGUCGGGACUAUUACUUUUCAAAACUUGGCCUUCCCAUUGGAUCUGAGGAUGAAUUGCGGGCCGGUUUGAUGCCCUUGGUCACGGAUUACGUUCGAAUGCUCCAGUGGAUUCUCAGUUACUACUUUCUUCGUGUACCCGACUGGGGAUUUUACUACCCAUACCACUACGCUCCUUUUGCAUGUGAUUUGAAAAUGUACACUGAGCAAUUCACAAAUUCCUCUUGGACCAACAUGAUGGAUUGUGAAUGGGCUUCGUUUGACACCCACUCCCAUCCUGUACUUCCGUUCAUUCAGCAGUUAAUGAUCCUUCCACCGGACGGUGCAUAUAUCGUUCCCAAGGUGUAUCGCCCCCUGAUGACUUCACCUGACUCUCCUUUGGCUCCUUAUUUUCCGAGUAACUUUUCCACAGACAUCAACGGAAAAAUUGCAUCUUGGGAGGCCGUUGUGCUAAUUCCUUUUAUUAAUGAAAAGCUGCUACUAGAUGCCAUGGCACCCCUUACCAAACGUCUGACAGCGGUGGAAACGAAGCGGAAUAAGCACGGACAACAUAUGCUGUUCCGCGCCUCUCAGUCUAUUACAGCGGAUCGCCCAAAGAAACCCGCGACGUACUACGCACACGAAUUUUUCCGUGACCGUACCGUGUGCGCUGCUGGGACAAUUCGGGCCACCUACUCCUUUUCCGACCGGCAAGUUUGCUCUGGCUUCCCGAGCCUAACUGGGCUAGAGUUUAGCACCGAACUCCGCCGCAUCCCUGUACAUAUUUUUGAGAGCCCGAGCAGAUUGGAGAGUUUGUCUGUCAUCAUACCGCGCGUCUCACAUCGAUUGGAGGAAUUGGCACAUGCGCUUCUCGGCCGUCCCAUCCGUGUUCGCUGGCCCCAUUGCGCCGUAGUGAUGCCAGUGCGAGUGAUGACCUCUCGAGAGCUUUGGGAGUUGCAGGACUUCAAUGUGGCUCCAAUCAUUCCGUUCACAAAGCAACCCGGAACUAAAGACACAACUCUUGCAAAAUUCGCACGUUUGGUUCAAGACGAAACGGUGGGUCCCAGUGGAAUAUCUGAAGCAUUUUGGGUCUCCAGCAGGAUAGCAGAGUUGGAGCGACAUUUCCGUAUUCGACGGGCUAUUUUGUUCAAUCACCUUCCAACGGAUGAAAAACGUGCUGAUCAGACUCUUCCGGUUCUCAUAUUUUCUCGCAAGCUGGAUGGCUGGUCCAUCAGAGUCAACUCCUCUCAAGUAUCGAACUCACCACGAAAAUUCAUGUUGGUUCCUCAUUUUGCCAAUUCUCGCUGUCACAAUGGCAAUGAGUUGAAACUUACCACUCCCGAACCUAGAUCUUUCAUCGGCUCCAGCUACUACGCUCAACGACCUAAGAAGGCUCGUGGUCGUUCUCUUCUGCCCUCAAUGCGAACGGACCCUUUUCACGGUCAAUGUGAUGGACUUGAGUUGGACUUGUUUGAUUUAGUGACUUUCACACUGCCUUCUCCACCUUCCCUCACUCAACAUCAUCUGGAUUGGAGCUACAACAGCUCCGUUUCACUGACCGAUGUCUUUCACCCCGGCCAGGUUGUGUUCACCACCGCUGCACCCCACGUCGGUUGCGUUGGCGAGGUCGUUGGUGUGAAGGAGAAACGGGGACUUGUCUCAGUUCGACUGUACCCCAACGUUGGUCGCUCAGUGAAUCUGGCUUCUUUUCGACAAGAAGUUGAGCGCAAUGGAAUAUAUCCGAACAUCCCGGUGUCGGUUUUCGCCCACUCUUUCGGUGUUCCUGCUGACGUAAUCGCGCAGUUCACUGGAACCUUGCUGGUAGCCUUGGAUACCGCGGCUGGCGCAUGCAUUUCCAAUGCUCCUCAGCCCGACACCCAUGCCUCAAAUCAGUCGGGCGUUGCACGCAACAGUAGCCGCCGGCAAAUAUGGAACGUCGGGCUUAACCUGCGACGUAACAAAUCAAAGGCCCAGGUAGUUGGAUGGUCUCGAUUUUGCCCUGAACGGUCAACAUGGGUAUUUUCUGAGCGCACCCGCCAUCUUCUGCUGGAAUACCGAGAAAGAUUCCCAAGUUUAUGGUCUUCGGUGAUUCAAGGGUGCUCCAAUCACGGUGGCCCCGGCUACAUGACAGUUUCGCUGCCGAAAGAGCUGCUGGACCAAACGGUAGAGUUUCUUACACAGUCCGGAUGCCGUUCGGCUGCCGUGCUUCCAGCAAGUGGAAGAUAUUUGGAUUCGGAUGUCAUUUGUGAUCUUCGGUCCCUGAUUUACCCGAGUCUUUCUAAUGACGUCCACGCUGCGGACGCGAUUUCAACUGAAUGCACCUAUCAGCCAUUCGAUCGCGUAGCAUGGUCUCAAGUCCCCUCUAUCACUUGCGAUCCCGGUAGUUUAUUUAUGCCUGUUGGGGCCUCUUGGGGUUUGCACCCGAACCAUAACCCCAAAGGAACGUCUGUUCUCUCCACUUCUUCCGCUAACCUUGAACUUCUCGACCGAGUGGUUUUCUGCAGAGUAGGCCAAACUGUUCCGAUCGGCUUGUUCGGUACCGUGAUCGGUGUGACAUCGGAGGAUCAAGGUCAGACCCUGGAGGUACUUUUUGACAAGGAAUUUCCGGGCGCUAUCGAGAUUCGCGGGUCGGGUCACUGCUGUGCUAUCGUCUCUCCGUCUAUGGUGAUAAAGCUUCCUGCCAACCUGUCCGCCUCUGUACAAAAUCACCAACCGAAACCAAAGUGCCCAGAUUCCACUCAUGGAAGUCAGCGUUCUUGUGGCAUCUUCACUCGAAAUGCUCAACAGCUUAACGGCCCUUCGUCAGUUGUGCUGAAUCCAAAGCGUAGUGAGCAAAAGCGUCCUUCCAUCGCUGAAGUCGACCUUAGGAAUCAUCCUGAUUCCUCGCCGGAACAAAUAUAUGAAGCUGAACUCGUAGAGUUGAAUGCACUUCUCUUCCCAUCCAAAGUGAAAGCUCAGUCCACUCCACAGCUUGAGUCAAAUCAGUUUGAAGCUCAAAAAGCUGAUUGUUCAAGUGCCCAGACAGCUUUAUACAAGGAUGGGUCUCUGAAGCAUUCUCGUGAAGCGCUUUCUGAGGUUAUGCCCAGCCCACCUGAGCUACCUUUGCCUCCAGUCUCCUGGUCUCAUCAAACAGAUAUCAAGAACGAGAAAACGACCGGAGAUUCGAAAGGCCAACCAUUAAAUCCAAGAAACGACUGCAGCAAGUUACCCUUAGAUAUGCAAAAUAAACAGAAAAAAGCCGCUCUCCGAUCCUCGGAUAGUUCCAGCACCGUACUAAGCAACCACCUAGGGUACCAGCCCUCUUCGUCUACAACCACACAUCCGCCCGCGUUUCGUGAUGGUUUCAGAAAGCCGUGGGCACCGUCUCCAUCAAAUGUCGUGCCGCCUCGCCGACGACCCGGACGUGUUCGUCCUGUCGGUGCAUGUGUCCCUGGACCGCAACCGUUCCCGGCUAAUUUGCCAUUCUCUCAGGGUCUUGUACGCUUUCCUUCUCCUCAGGAUUCAUAUUUUUGUCCAAUUCCAUCGUGUUCAGACUUUACUCAUCCCCCCUGCAACACAUUCAUUCCAUACAACCGCCCCCAGUGUUCUUUCAAUUGGGAACCGCUCCCUCCCUAUAGUCCUCAUGAUUUGGCCUGCACAGCCAAUAUGCAUACCUACGGCUGGCCUCAUGGUCCACCCUUUCUCCGUCAUCCCAAUAUGCGGCCGCAGUUUUCCCAAUACAACUUACCCCCAGCACCUCUCCGAGGUUACAACCGCGAUUUCUACGGCGAAUUUUCUUCUGUCCACAGACAACCUUCCGUCCACACUCGUCCAUAUCCUUUUUAUCCGGAAGCAUCAUUCGGUGGCCGUUUCCAGCCGCCGUCAGGCUAUGGAGAUCAGCCUAGACAACAUUCCGUGCCUUCACAAGUGCUGAGGCAUCGCAGACCAUGACACUCGCGCUAUUUUCUACAGGCGUCUGACCAACCUCUCAUAGUUCUUUUACAUUAAGGUUGUUCUACUGUGAAGUCUCCCCUUAAUCCAAAUUUUUAAUCUUUUUUUUGAAAUAGAUCCAUUUUGUGAAUACAGGCUCUCCCCAGUUUGGUUAGGUUACCCUGUGUUUCCUGUUCUUGUGCAACAGCCUUUAAACUUUCUGUGUAAUCCCACAUCUUUUUACCACUAGAACACCUUUUUCAUCACUGUGAGACUAGUGCUUCUUCGCACUGCUCUUCCAGAUUCGCCUAUUAAGUCUCUAGAUAAAGUAUCGGUUUUACCAGU